GGACAAGAAAUCCUGAAUUUACAAGAUAAGAAGAUGAUUUAUCAUUACAUCAUCGAUCUUGAGUACAUUCUUUCAGUGAAUCACAACAAAACCAUUGAAGAGAUUUACAACAAAACAAAGGGUGACAAAUCUCCAUUUGAUUUGAAGCAGACCAGAGAAUACUUUGUGCAUGACAUGGUAAAGACUAAGGAAGUUCAUGAUGAAGAGCCAGAGAACAUCAAACUAGCUCAAAAAGUGACAAGAAUUCUUUUGGAUAUCACCCAUUCUUUUGGAUAUACUAAUGCAAAAGCAGUAGAGAAGGAGGCUAACACUUUUUGGAACAUUGCCGCUAAAGGUGACCCAGCCAAAAUAGCUAAUGCCUUCGAGAAUGUAGUAGAGUUUCUGAUAACUGCAAAGAUAAAGCUCUCUGAAGAGGAUAUCGAGUAUCUUAAUUCAGAGGUUAUUGAGGGAUAUUUAGCCCCAAAACUUCUGGCACUUGACCAGCUGGAGGAGAAGAAGGUUGAAAUUUAUGAGGAGAGUAAAUAUGAACAUCCACCUACCCAAGCUGACCAUUUAGCCAAGAUCAAAGAGAAAUUCAGUGGAAUUAGCGCUAAAAAAUCUAAAGAGGAUAUCCUUGAAGAAGGAAAAUUUACCUUACCUAAUGAGGAAGAACUUGAGACUCUUAUCAAGAAAGUUCAUGAAGUUAUGGAAGAGCCAGAGAACCUCAAAUUGCUCGAGUAUCACAUCAGUGACAUUUACACAAGUUCCCAAGUGGCUGCAUCUGAUUACCAGAACUGUGCCUACAUCAUCAGUCAUAUCCAGGAGCUAUUAAGGAAUAGUGAAUUCAUUAAGGAAAAGUUUGGAUUAGCAACAGUCGAGAACUAUGGGUCAAGUGCCAAUACUCUAUGGAGUAUGGAUUCUGAUAUUGAUAUUGCAGUCCAUUUCACCCCGAAUGAGUCAAUGAAUUCCAAGAAGAAAGCUAAAGGCAACAAAAAGGAGUCCAAGAAGAAGCAAAAUGUUGUCAACGAAAUGAAGAAAAUUGAUUAUAUCAAAGCCCUCGUAGAUAUUAGAAAAGUUAUCAGAGGAAUGGCUGCCAAUGGGGAUAUCGAAGGCAUCUUUGGUGCAAGAAUCCCUCUGAUUAAGUUCACAGACAAAUCAACAGGCAUUGAGUGCGACCUUUCUAUUAAUAACACUAAUGGGAUACCUAACUCGAGACUUACCAGGAUUUACUGUGAGUUUGACCAAAGAGUUCACAUUAUGGUGAAGUACAUCAGACACAUCUUUAAGGAAUCUGGGUUGCUGCAAGGAGACCAAGGAUGUCUGAAUUCUUAUUCAAUAGUUCUAAUGGUGAUUGCUUUCUGUCAAUCUCAAGAAGAUCCUAUCCUUCCUAACCUCCAAGAAGGAGCUAAGGAUAAUGACCUUAUUUUCUACACCACAACUAAGAACAGAUACGGAAGAGCUCAAGUCAAGGAGGUGAAAUAUUCUCUGAACGAAGACUUUGAAACUUUCAAGAAGGAAUUUGGGUUCAAAAAUAAGAAGACAGUUGCUCAACUCGUUGCAGAGUUCCUUAUUGACUUCUUCUUAAAAGGAGAUAUCAUCAAAACACACCAAAUCGAUAUCAAGAAGGGAGGGUUCUUUGAAGGACCGACAGAUAUGUACUCCUAUAUUGAUAUUGUUGAGCCCCUUACUCCAGAUGCAAAGGUGGGGCAAGGAUGCAGGAAAGAUUCCCAUCAUCCUCAAGCAUAUACCCAGUUUGUAUAUAGCUUCUUACAAAAUGUAGUAGAAUUUUCUAAAUAA